GGAUGUAUACCUUUAUUUGUCGCUGCUUCCAGUGGAAAUGUCGAGAUUUUGAGUUGCCUGCUAGACAAUGGAGCUGAUAUGAAUGCAAUUACAAACACCAAAGGUUACACAGUCACACCGUUGAUAGUUGCUGUUCAAAGUGGAAACCUUGAAUGUGUGAAAGUGCUUUUGAAGUUUGGAGCAGACAUUGAAGGUCGAGGAGAUUUCAAUUAUGUUUCUAAAGCUUAUCCAUUUCACUCUGUUUCAUUCGGAGGUUGCACACCUUUAUUUGUCGCUGCUGUUAAUGAAGAUGUUGAGAUACUGAGGUGCUUGACUAAAAAUGGAGCUGACAUCAAUGCAGUGACCAAUUUCAAGGGUUACACCCCGCUAAUGAUGGCCACUCGAUAUAACCACCUCGCUGCAGUAACGUUUCUUAGUGCUCAAGGUGCUGAUGCAAAUUUACAAGACAAAAAAGGUUAUACAGCCCUUCACUAUUUUUCUAAGUUCGGAAACAUCUGUCAUUUCCGUGUCGUAAGUUGUUUGAUUAAUAAUGGGGCAGAUGUUAAUGCGCAGCGUGCUGAUGACAACCUCACCCCUUUGAUGUUAGCUUGUAAAUGUCAAAAUGUUGAAACAAUAAGCUAUCUUCUUCAAAAUGGAGCUAAAGUAGGUCUUCAGGACAAAUAUGGUCAAACAUGCCUUCAGUAUGCUGUGAAGCGUGGUGUUGACGGAACUGCAUUUGAGAUUUUGAGUUCCCUGAUUAAAAUUGGAGCUGAUGUCAAUGCAAGGAAAGAGCAUGACCAGACCCUUCUGAUGCAGGCGACAUUGCGUGGCGACUUGAAACUUGUGACUUUGCUUAUUGAGCAUGGAGCAAAAGUAGAUCUACAAGAUCGAAAUGGUGAUACAGCCCUUCACUAUGCUCAGCAUGCUCGUCAUAAUGCUGAUGAAAUCAUUUGUGCACUUUUUACUGCUGGAGAAUCCAAUUUGUGUAACAGGUCAGCAUUGACACCUCUUCCAAGAGCUUAUAGUAAUAAUGGCCAUGUGGGAAAACAUGAGCAUGAAUACUUAAUGAAACUUGUUUUGAUUGUCAGUAAGUUAAACUGUGGUGAAGAUGGCAAAGUCUCAAGGGUAUCUCAUCUAUUUUUGAAGACUGUUUGUAACUUAAAUCCUAGAGAUAUUCAUGGAAAUACACUUUUGCAUAAGUGUGUGAUAGAUCACUACACCGAUGCAAUGAAGCUUCUUUUGAAGGCAGGAGUCAAUAUUAAUUCCAUUAACAGCAAUGGAGAUACUCCACUUCACUUAGCUGUCAUAAGGAAAGACAGCGUCCACUUUUUACCUCACAUCUUGGAAGUUUUGUUUAAUGGUGGUGCCCAUAUUGAUUUUGUCAACAAUGAUGGUAAAACACCCAUGGACAUGGCUGAAACUGAUGAAGCUCGCAUGAUGCUUUCAGAGAGAAGAAAACUGGACUUAAAGUGUAUCAGUGCCAGGGCAGUGAAAAAGCUUGGAAUCCCUUAUAUGGGAGUGGUGCCCAAAACACUGGAGAAAUACAUUAGUAUGCAUUAAUUAAAGUGCAUAAUUAAUGCCACUAUAGAAAAUUUGCACGGUGUUAUUUAAUAACCUGUUGUACAUGCAGUGAUAAUUUUGGGGCAUUAGAAGUGCCUGAAGUAGUGCCCAUGAUAGGUAGAAAUAUGAGUAACCAGCCAUUAACCCUUUAAGCCUUAGGAUUAUAUCCACAUACAAAUUCUCCAAACUGAUCUCUAUACAUUUCCUUAUUUAAGAAUGUGUUGAGAGAAUGUGAUAAAAGAUCAAGGCAUUUUCUCUCUAACCUGUGAUCAAAUGAAAAAAGAACGUCUGAUGCAUUAUUUAGUUCAUGAGUCAUCUGUCACCCCCUAAUUAAGGCAUCUGUCAAUGGUGUUGUUGUGUUGCAUUUUACAUGAAAUUCAAGCGGUUUGCAAUGAAGGCGGCUAAUCGAAACGUAUUCUGGCAAGUGGUGAAUGCUAAGUUGAUACGGUAGUCAUUGGCGAAAAAUCACAUAUUUUAAAAGACUAAUUUAGCACUGCUAUAAUUGCAAAUCUCACCUUAUCAUUGCCGCUCAAACAGUCAAGUCAAAGAGAUAAUAAUUCAUUGAUAACAACAGUGGAAGAACAGAAUCUUCCUUCUGUCAGUGUUAUGUAUUUUACUGGAAGUGUUCAAAAGUAUAGGAAUGGAUUCUGCAGCAACAAAUCUUUCAUGCUGUUUUAUCAGUUUGCAAAAGAGCAGCUGUAGGCCUUUCCAGAUUCUGCUCGGCAACUUUUUAGCAACUUUUAGGAUUUUGAGCAACUUUUUUGUCAGAGAGCAACUUCUAGCAACUUUUCAGAAAACUAGCACUUUUUUGGUAACUUUUGGGCUAUUUUGAACCAAAAUGCUGAAUAACCCUUCUUUAAUAAACAAGUUAAAAUUCUCUUGGUUAAAAUUCUAAACAUCUUUCUAGUAAAACUCAUAUUUUUACCCUUUGAAUGGGUAUCAUGUGGACGUGGUAAUUAAUUACAAGAACUGGGUAUGGGUAGCCUCAACCUCGUUCCCAGAGCUUUUCCCUUCUCGUGGGGGGCGCCCCCACAAGAAGGGAAAAACCCUGGGAACGAGGUUGGGGUAGCCUGAGGAGCCUGAGGACUGUAUGUAAACAAAAUGGCGGACGCCACAUUGUCUUCCAAAGAUGAAGAAAUCGAAAACCCCAUUGAAACUGCAGUUAGCAGGGGAGCUUCACUGCAUGUGUGAAAUUAAUGUCAUGUACCCAAACUCAAUUGUGAACAAAUGGGAAAAUCGAAUACAACACUCCUAGAAUAAAAAAUUCUGCCUGGUGUGCGGAAGAAAGCGUUGAAGAAGAAGUCUGAAAGUCUAGCAUGCUACAUGUAUUUAUUUUGGGGGUUUCCAGCUUUAGAAUAGCCCCAGGGGUUCGGGGGGAGGGUGGGGUGGGAUUGCAGUUCCUACAUACAUACAUAUUUUAUUUAUUUGGAGUCUUAUACAAUAAAUGGUAUAUCAACUAUUUCCAAAUAACAAAAAUUACAAACAACCAAAAAUUCCUAACCAUAUAUGGCCAAUAAGUUAUUAAUUAUUAAUUAAAUCCUAGAGUAUUUACUUUUUGCCGUCUUCCCCUUUCCUUUUUUCAAAGCAUUCGAAUAUAUGUUUUGCUAUUAGUUUUUGUAUUUUAGCAUGUUUAUUAGAAACACGAAUAUUUUGUUAGGUGACAUUCUGCUUAUUUUUAUUCUGUAUUCGUGUUCCAAAUAAUCUAGUAAUGAACAUCUUUUUUCCUGGUAAGCAGUUCCUCAUUAUUUUGUCUUAAACGGCUAUGCACUAGCUGCUGGUUUUCAAGGUUUUGAGUCUUAAACUGGGUAUGCAAUUUUGCUAUACUCACAGGGGAACAUCAUGCACAGGCAUCCCUCUAUCCCUGUGCGAACUGUGUAUCUAAAUUCCUGUGCCCCUGUAGUUCCAUAGAGGAACCAGUUGUGCAUAGUAAUUAUGAGUUUAUUAUUAAUAAGCCUCUUUUAUCCUGCUUAAGGCAGCAGUAUUUUGCAUCAUAAUGCUGAAUGGCCACCAAAUGCCAAAAUUAUGUUUCUGAAGUCUAGUGAUUAGGGCUAGGAAACUGAGUGAAUGAGGUGCCCAGGGUCACUCCUUGGAAAACUGACCUGAAACUGCGUCCCCCUCAGGUGCUUCUUUUUUUUGCACAGAGGGGAACACGAAAAUUAUGUGAGUGACACGUGAGUGACUGGUGAACAGGUGCAAGGGUUCAUGCCGAGAAGGAGACUGGGUACGGGACAGGACCUGACACUCGAUUCACUCAGUUUCCUUAACCCUAAUCACUAAAUGUAGAAUUCAUUCGGUGUGCAAUGGCCACUUGGCAUUCUGCAAAAGUCCCGUGCUGUCCUUAUUCCUCUUUUUGUUAAAAAGGACAGAGGAGACCAGGUUGUCACCCCACUCUCCCUCCCUGCAGCAGUGAUAGUUCACUUUUGCACCUAUUAGCUCCCACUCCUAUUCCGCCUCCAGGUUUCCCUCUUCCCAUAACUUAUCUUAGCCUGGGAUGUUUGGGAGUUGGGGACUCCCAUUGUGAAUUUAAAUUUAUAACUAUUGAGCAUUUUGAACAGGGUGUCUUUUUGCAACGGAAUCCUUAAAAAGAGUGCGUGGGUUGGCAAUGAUGUGUGGUACCAUCAAUUAGUUAUUUGCACUAAAGCAUACCUCUACCCAAACUUACCGUCCCCCCCUCCCCCCCGGGAUUAGAAGUGCUAUAAACCUGUUAUUUGCACCCAUCAAAUGAUAGGUAUGUAAAGAAGUUUGGUGUGAGAAAAGAAAAAGAAAAGCAAGGAACAAAGCUCAUAUUCCGUACCUUUAAGGAGCGGUGUUGAAAAAACAAAGGAACUUCUGCGUCAAUCUUAAAGGUCCCCCUACUUAAAGAGGACUACUGAUGUGCGUCGCUACUUCUAAGAAAAUCGAAGGAUCAUCAAAAACGCUAUACUAUGCACUUGGACCAAAGGGAAUCAAGAGCCAUAUAAAUAGGCUGAUCUCUUGAGGCGGGAAUAUAAUAGACCUUGUCACGGUUUUCGACGCCAUCUUGACGAGUAGGCAAACGGGUGAGAAAUUACAGUGUUUGUAUGAGAAUCUAAUGCCGAAUAAUUUCCGUAGAACGGCUAUUCUAAAAGAAGAAAUGAAUUGUAAACUAAAGCUUCACUCCUAAGGACUCUGCUGAAAAAAAUUGAGGGCGUUUCAUGCGCUAGAAGACCUAGAACCACUUUUUUAAAUUUUCUAUACAUGUGUCUGUAAGAAAGCCCCGAGAAAAAUUACAUGGAAAAUCUAAAGCAAGCCUCUGGAGAAAUUUAAGCACAGAUAGGCUCCCAAAUUUUUUUAGUAUACAAUCCUUUGCUUUGUAGCUUUAUACAAUUCUUUUUUUUUUUUCAGUGAAGCCGUUUUGCGGAAAUUAUUCGACAUUUGAUUCUCGUGCAAACACUGUAAUUUCUCACAUGUUUGCCUACUCGUCAAGGACCGUGACAAGAUCUAUACCAAAGCAAGACGCUUCUUUUGAAGGAACUUUAUGUCGAUUUAUGGAUGUUUCCUGUCAAUUAUUGCGGUCAUUGUCACUUUUCUACUAGGUUUCCACGAGUUUGCUGUGAUGCCGGUACAGUGUUUCCUUGGUGUGAUGUAUAGACAAUUACCGAAUUCUCAAACAUUAAAGUUCGAGUCUACCUUACCCUUGGAUACCUAACCUAUGUGACCAGACGGGCCUUACUAUGUGUUCCUUGACGAUUCUCCAUCCGUUUUUACUACAUGGAGUCCACUAAUUCUCACCAAAAUGGAGUAAUUUUUAGCCGAAUAAUGGUAAAUUACGCUGUUAACUAAAGUCUACAGCCUCUAACUUUUUACAUUUGACUAAAUUCCUUCUCCUGUGGUCUAUAAUACUUGACAGAAAUCAAAUUGUGCGAGUUUGCUCCAUUUGUUUAUUUAUUUAUUAAUUUAUUCUGUAUUUGAAAUAAAAACAUCUAUUCCCCACAUUGCUCAUAAUCAGUGUUCCAGUCCGCACGAGGAGCCGCAAGCAGUAAAAUUUCUGUCCCGUAAUUUAAUCAGUUAAAUCAUCAAAGUUGACAGGUCUUUCUGAUGAUCAAAACGACCGUUCGGUUUACCAUUUACACCUUCAGUGCGAAGACUGUCACGGGAACAUUAACACCUUCAGGAUAAUUGCUUACCAUAUUAAACAGUGGUAGGUCGCGCGCGUCUGGUCGGUUUCGAAGAACGUGAUCGUGACUGUUGUCUUCAUUCAGUGAGUGUGCGCGUUGAUAUGCCAACGUUUAAAACAGACUGCAACAUUAAAUUUUUGUUAUAAAAGCAAAGAAGCUGCUGAGUAGAAACUAAACCGUCCCAGACUUAUUCCGUUUCAUUCGUGUACUUUCAUUUUGAUGGGGUCUGUAUGAUGAAUUUACUUCUGCCUUCUAAUCAGGCACGUAAACAACAUAGAGAUAAAACAUUUCAUUUUGCUUUUGUGGAGUAAAAAUUAGUAAAAGUUAAACUAGUGGACCACUUUCUCCGCGUACUUGUAAAAAUAGGCAUUUAAUAUGUCGCGCUACAGUGCGAAAAUCUUCUUCUCGUGGAUUAGAUUUCAGUAUACAUAUUCUUCAUUUCGCGCCAGAAUAAAUUAGUUUGCGCGCAAAGGGCUUCUAAAAAAAGAUCACAAGGUUUGUCCCACGUCGAGUUCUCCUUCUGGAGAUACGCCGGCAUGGUAGCUGGAAUACAUUGCCGAGGCGAAGAUCUGGCAUUUUUUCCUCCUCGUCUUUUUUUUCCGCGACGUUUGUUUAUAUUUGUAGUGAGAAUGCCACGCAUAUCGGUGGAUUUUACUUCAGUCAAGCGGCUUCAGUUCCUGCGGCUUGCUACUCAUCAUAAAGAAGGGUGCCGGAAUCGCUUUGUUCGCCUUUAACGGAUUUGUUGUCGAAUGCAAGGUAAAAGAACGGACUACUGUAGGGUAAGAAUUGAAGUUUAAAUUUGUUUCUCGGCGAAAAAUAGUGCAUACAACUCGUGAAACCCGUGAGUAUUACCUCUGUUUAAUAUACCGGAUGUCAUGCGAUGACCCCUCGCUUUUACGAUGGAUAGGACGGAUACAAACAAUAAUUUCUUUCGCAACGUUUAGUAUCAUUUACUUAAUAUGGAGAUCAUCUGAGGACGAUUUUUCGUUAUAUAUGCUUCAUUUCUUGGCUUAUUCCGGCUACGUGCGAAGAAUUAGAUGACAAUGUUUGUGUGCUAUAAUUAUACUGAUAAUUUCUUGCACCGUGAAACUCAUGAAAGCCAAAGAGUGUGUAUAAUAUGCGAGCCAGCGAGCCAGCGAGUCAUGCGAGUCAACAUGUGAGUCAACAUGCGAGCCAUGCGAGUCAUGCGAGUCGGCAUAAAAUAACUUUGUUUUUAACGUAAACUACUAAGUAACGUAUCUAUUCCAAAGGCAGGUCCUUUAAAAUUCAGCUUCAGAAAAAUUCGCCAACAUACAAAUUGAACGAGGUGAAACAAUAACAAAGGUUUUAGCCUGCGGGCAAGCUCUUCUAUUUGGGCAAGCGAAGCGAGCCUCGCGAGAACGCGCGAGCGAGGGGCCGAGGAAAGGAGAGCUUGCAACCAUCUCUUAUAAAUUUUCAUUUCCACCCCGGAAACCCCGGGACUCCGCAAAGCGUGAAAACUGUCACCGCAAACGUGCCGCAGAUUAGAAAAGUGACAACCGCCUGUCAAGUAAGUUUAGACAGCCGAGGGCGCGUAGAGUUAUUUAUUUGUGAAUCGCUUUCGCAACAGCAUCAAGGCAAUGUUUUUAAUCACUGAUAUAUAUAUAUAUAUAUUUUUUUUCACGGGGACAUCGAACUUCAACGUGUCCGCUCGGAUAAGAACUCACUACUUUGAUUCUCGUUUCGUUUACUUUUGAAAAGUCGUCCAUACUACAGUGUAGAAGACUACUCCCCAUCGCAAUCACCAACAAAAACAUCCUAUAUUUGUCCGUCUGGAACUGGAGAAUAGCGUUUUCCUGCACUUGGUUCUCUUAAGGUUUACUCCAGUUGCUUCCAACUCUUUCUCUUUUCCUUCUUUACGGUCAAGCUACACAGCUACACUGUCAACUACAUGUUUCUGAAUUUUUCUACCCAGCAGAAUUCAAUCGGGCGAAGAAACCGAUGUUGGAAGACAGCGCUUUAAUCACUCUUCACUUUCACUCUCCCGGUUUUCAGAACUAAACAAGGCGCUUGACACAAAUGAAUACAACUGAUGAAGGAUUUUCAUUGUCCUUCCAGAAGAACUACAAACUCGGUCCGACUUAUCCUCGGCAUGUAAUAUUCUCUUUGCGAGAAUGACAUCAGACGAGCCCGUUUGCAUUGAGGGCUGAAACAAGUUCUCGGUACCAAUGUGAUCCCCCUGAGAACCAAAUUUGACACACAGACGAAGCGGGUGCCAGCUUGGCCUGUUAUCAAUCAACUUUGAUUUCCGGAAUGUCAUUUUUCAGCCAAUGGUAUUUCCCUUCGUCUGGACGAAGUACAAAUGAAAAUUUGAAAGAGAUGGUUGCAAGCUCUCCUUUCGCCGGCCCCUCGCGGCUUCGCCGCUCACUCGCGCGUUCUCGCACGGCUCGUUUCGCUCGCCCAAAUAGGAGAGCUUGCCCGCAGGCUACAAAGGUUUGAGAAUGCGUUAAACAAAGGUUUAAAGGUUCUUCCUCGGUCACGUUUAAUGAGUCACACCAUAUGUGGUAAGCCACGUGACCAGAACAUAAAAAACACUCUUUAAAACCCAAACGUCUUGCGUCUUUCAUAAUAAAACCAAUGCCAAUGGCUUAAGAAUAUCGCGAUAAAAAAUCUGACUUACUAACAAGUUUAACGUUCCUUCCCAAAAUUCACAGUUAUUGAAAAAGCUAUGACGUCAUUGAGGGGUAUUUUCGUUAGCGAGUCAACAUUUUACGAGUUUAUUCCUUGCGAUUUACUUAAGAUGUUUCUUUUCUUCAAGUUUAUACACUCGAUAAAAUUGCGGGCGACAUGACUUAAGACUCAUGACUUCGGGCGAGAUGACUUUCGGGCGACUUGACCGGUUACCUUUUCAUACAUUUUCUUUAAAAGGCUUUCUUGCUGUCGUCUGAACGCUAAUUUCAUGCUACAAAUGUUAAAAAAGUUAAAUUGCUUAUGAUUCGCCAAAAAAUGGAUUCUCUUUCCUUCGAACUUCUGUCUCGCAUGGCUCACAUGAUGACUCGCAUGACUCGCAUGACUCACUGGUUCGACUCGCAUGACUCGCUGGCUCGCUGGCUCGCAGUUUGUCAAGACCCAAAGCCAAACUUGUUUAACCCUAGCAAAAAACUCUUUUAAUGGAGAAACUCAACCUGAUAGUUGCACUAAAAUCUAAUAAUUGUUACUGCAUUUGCAUGCUCUCUGUAACCUCGUGGGUAGAACAUACCUGAUGGUUACAUUAAUAAUCACUGCAUUUGCUCUCUGUAACCUCGUGGGUAGAAUAUACCUGACGGUUACAUUUAAUAAUAAUCACUGCAUUUGUUCUCUGUAACCUCGUGGGUAGAACAUACCUGAAGGUUACGUUAAUAAUAAUCAUUGCACUUUCUCUUUGUAACCUCGUGGGUAGAACAUACCUGAUGGUUACAUUAAUAAUAUCACUGCAUUUGCUCUCCGUAACCUCGUGGGUAGAAUAUACCUGACGGUUACAUUUAAUAAUAAUCACUGCAUUUGUUCUCUGUAACCUCGUGGGUAGAACAUACCUGAAGGUUACGUUAAUAAUAAUCAUUACAUUUUCUCUUUGUAACCUCGUGGGUAGAAUAUACUUGACGGUUACAUUAAUAAUAAUCACUGCAUUUGCUCUCUGUAACCUCGUGGGUAGAACAUACCUGAUGGUUACGUUAAUAAUAAUCAUUGCAUUUCCCCUUUGUAACCUCGUGGGUAGAAUAUACCUGACGGUUACAUUUAAUAAUAAUCACUGCAUUUGCUCUCUGUAACCUCGUGGGCAGAACAUACCUGAAGGUUACGUUAAUAAUAAUCAUUGAAUUUUCUCUUUGUAACCUCGUGGGUAGAACAUACCUGAUGGUUACAUUAAAAAUAAUCACUGUAUUUGCUCUCCGUAACCUCGUGGGUAGAGUAUACCUGAUGGUUACAUUAAUAAUAAUCAUUGCAUUUUCUCUUUGUAACCUCGUGGGAAAAAAAAUUAAUGCCUCUCUCCUGGAAAUUUUGCCCUGUCCUUUGAGCUUAGUGAUCUUUGGGUAGCGAAUUCACGAAAACAGGUAAAACGCUUUUUUUAACAACAGCAUUUAUAUUAUUUGGCUUUUUGAGGGAGGUUAAACAUUAAUGAAAUAGAAUAUAAAAAAAGCUGAUAAAGCAGAAAAAGUUAUCUUUACAAAAUGCGCUUUGAAAAUGUCAAGGAGUGAAAUAAGGUGAAGUUUUGUAGUUAGCCCGAAGAAAACCUGUUCCUGCAUGAAAAGCAGUUCUGAUUCCCUUCUCUUAACUAGAAGAGAUGCAUAUCCCUGUGAACCAGUUUUUUAACUAGGAACGAUUCCCACUCACUUAAGAUACUUUAUUGACACGAGUUCCUAUUUCAAUAUAUGUCUAAUUCAAGCUUGGCCGCGUGAUAGCUCUUCAUUAGCGAAAAGGUCCAAGUGAUAUUUUGAUUGACGUGUUGUUUUGGAUCCUGAGGUUUUUUAACACCUUUUCUCUAGCUUAACUGGCGAAGAUAUUCUAGGAAUUUGCCCUUCAAUUCCAAAUUCUUUGAUGUGCCGCCAGAUGCCGUGCAAAAAUAUCACCUCUUGCGGCUCCUCGUCCCUUUCAGAUAGUGUUCUCAUUAUCUGAACGAUGCCUGGAACAGGCUAACUUAAUUACAAAAGAAAAGAUCUUGAAAAGAAGCCAAAACAAACCUCAAACAAUUAAUGAUUUGCAACUUAUUUCUCACCUAAUUACUUAUAAUAUAGCUUGUUUUUAGUUUUAUGGUUUCACGAUCGAUCAAACAAGCAUAAAGUGAAACGGACUUGUGUACCGCCUUGUCUAGCACUUUCGCACCUCAGGGUUUCAUUAAAGAAGUCAAUCAAAGGCAACCUCAAAACAUCAUAUAAAUAUGAAUGUGAAGUAAUGCUUAGGAAAAAUCUCGGUUUUAACGUGGUAUCUGAUAUAAGCAUAAUACCGCGACAAAUGAGGCUUUGUAAACAGUGAACUGUCCACUAAAACAGGGCCACCCAACGUCAAUUUUCGGAAAAUAUCUGUUCGGAAGACGAUUUGAGAUCUAGAAUUUUCGGAACAUUUGUUGUAAAAUUUCAAGCUUGCCUGCCUCUCCUAGGAUUUUCGAGCAUCCAAAAAAUGGUAUAAUUGCCCAUUUUUAACGGAUUUUUACCCUAAAGAGGUCACCUAGAAUUUUCGGAAGCCUUUUUUCUGGCUGAAAUUUUCGAAAAGGUAAGUUUUGAUCCCUAGGAUUUUAGGAUCAACAGACUUUCAGCUAGGAAAACCGAACAGAUAAAAAUUUUUAGGGGAUAAAAAUAUGCCUAUAUCCACCGUUUAAAUGCUAAAACACGUUUAACAAUGAUAUGCUUAAGUGGUUUUGAACUAUGUUCUCGUUGGGUGCCCCUGACUAAAAUGGCGGCACUAUAAAGCAAAUACUGCCGUCAUGCACUUUGCUUACUAGCAUAAUCGUGUACCAAUUGUUCUUAUUUAGGACUGAAUGAUAUUAACGACGCUAAAAAUAGUUUUCUUGACUUUUAGAAAACAAACCUAAGUUGUUAUGCUAUAACCUAUAGCAUGGCUUUUCCUAUAACUUCGACUUAACGCCGCAGCUUUUUAGUAACUGGCUAUGUUCUGGUAGAGCUGAACUGAUUUUUUAAUUUAAAUACAAUAUUCCUGAUUCUUGAAGUCUCACAUGUGCGUUUUUGGACGUAACUUCAAGGUUUUAUUUUGGUGGAACUGUUGUUUGCUAAAAAAAAAAUCCAAUAUUUUUCAUGUCUUGAGGCACUUGUCGACUGACUUACUAUGCUUUCCAGCAUAUGCUUUUCCUCGCUGGUUAUAUAUUUGACGCAAUUUAAUUGAUAGAUACUUUACAUUUGCGGCUGAGACAGACAAAGGCUCUCUCAGUAUAAUUGGUCCGUGCUACCUGCAAUCAUUAGUUUCCGGAGUAAAAAGCAUAAGUUUCGUACCCAUUGUGUUUUGCGCAUCAGUAGGUGUAAAUUUGUUCACUAUGCACUUGGAUGCUUAAAUCCUGACACCAAAGGGAAUCAAGAGCCAUAUAAAUAGGGUGAUAUCUCAGGGGCACCCAACGAAAAUAUACUUCAAAACCACUUAAACAUAGCCCGUGUUGAACGUAUUUUAGUAUUUAAACUGUAGAUAUAGGCAUAUUUUUAUCCCCUAAAAAUUUUUCAUCUGUUCGGAUUUCCUAGCGGAAAGUCUAGUGAUCCACAGUUACAGGGAUCAAGACUUGCCUUUUCGAAAAUUUCAGCCAGAAAAAAGGGUCCCGAAAAUUCUAGGUGACCUCAGUUUUAGGGUAAAAAUCCGUUAAAAAUGGGCAAUUAUACCAUUUUUUAGAUGUUCGAAAAUCCUAGGAGAGGUAGGCAAGCAAGAAAUUUUACAAUAAAUGUUCCGAAAUCGCCUUCCGAACAGAUAUUUUGUAAAAGUUGACGUUGGGUGCCCCUGAUCUCUUGAGGCGGGAAUAUAAUACACAAGCAAGGCGCUUCUUUUGAAGGAACUUUAAAGAUCUUUCCUGUCAAUUAUUGCAGUCAUUGUCAUUUUUUCGAACUACUUUAGUAAAGUGCCUGAGUAAAGUGUUUGCAACCUACUAGGCUUCCACGAGUUUUGCUGUGAUGCCGGUUCAGUAUUUUCUUGGUGUGAUGUAGACAAUUACCGAAUUCCCAAACAUUAAUAAAGUUCGCGUCUACCUUACCCUUGGAUACCUAUGUGACCAAACGGGUUUUACUAUGUCUCCGUGACAAUUCUUAAUCCGUUUUAACUGCAUGUAGUCCACUAAUUCUCACGAAAUUGGAGUAAUUUUUGGCUGAAUAAUGGUAAAUUACGCUGUUAACUAAAGUCUACAGCCUCUAGCGUUUUACAUUUGACUAAAUUCCUGGUCCUAUGGUCUAAAAUACUGAGCAGAAAUCAAAUUGUGCGAGUUUGCUUCGUUUAUUUAUUUAUUCUGUAUUUGAAAUAAAAACAUCUAUCAGGGGCACCCAACGAGAAUAUAGUUCAAAACCACCUAAACAUAGCAUUGUUAAAUGUAUUUUAGUAUUUAAACGGUAGAUAUAGGCAUAUUUUUAUCCCCUAGAAAUUUUUCAUCUGUUCGGAUUUCCUAGCUGAAAGUCUAGUGAUCCGAAAAUUAUAGGGAUAAUUUCAGCCAGAAAAAAGGCUCCCGAAAAUUCUAGGUGACCUUUUAAGGGUUACAAUUCGUUAAAAAUGGGCAAUUAUACCAUUUUUUAGAAGUUCGAAAAUCCUAGGAGAGGCAGGCAAGCAAGAAAUUUUACAGCAAAUAUUACGAAAAUUCUAGAUCUCAAAUCGUCUUCCGAACAGAUAUUUUCCGAAAAUUGUCGUUGGGUGCCCCUGAUCUAUUCCUUACUUUGGUCAUAAUCAGUGUUGCAGGCGUCGUUCAGAUAGUGUUCAAACAAUCAAUGAUUUGCAACUUAUUUCUCACCUAAUUGCUUAUAACAAUUAUAGCUUGUUUUUAGUUUUAUGGUUUCACGAUUGAUCAAACAAGCAUAAAGUGAGACGCACGAUUUUACUGGGACUGGGCCCCAAAUGGAGUAGUCGUGUUUUUUUGUCGCUCCGUCGCUGCCUUGCCGUUUCACUAUAUCAGUUUCAGGAAAUUAGCCAAAUCAGCCUCAAACUAUUUAGAGAAUCUUUGCUUUUCCUUUCCGUUAUGCCCAACGAAAAGCGAGCGAGACAAGAGGCAUGCUUAAGCAGUGAAGAUGAAAGAACGCCACCAACAUGAGGCCGGCGCCGCCAUCUUGGAUAAGAUGAAGGUACUAAGGAAUGCCGCCGCUCGUCAGUCUAAAGGAUAACCCGUUAAACGGAAAUGCCAUCGGUAUAAGUGAGGAUUUCGCCAAAAAAACCCAACGGCGGAGGCAAGAGCUCGUGCCCUACAGAAAGUUUCUAAAGAAGAAACUCGGAGACGACCGGAAAGUCUACAUCGCAUAUCCUGCAAUACUCAAAUAUGUCGAUGCCAAUGGCAGUCACAGAAUCGUAGGAACAGAAGAACUAGCAAAACUACGCCAUGAAAUGGAACAGGCAAAGAGUUAACCUAGCAACGCCGUCGGAGUGAUACUGACCAACAACAACUUUAAUCUCACAUUCUACCCAUUGUUGGAGUUAAAAGAACUUCACAGGCAAUGCCUUUAAUUUGUUUCAUAAAAGGUAAUUUUCGUUUUUAUGUUGUAAGUGAUGCAAUGUUUUCUCCAGGCUUUAGCUUAAGAAGGCUUCUGUAUUGUGAAACUAUUAAGAUAUCGAUAUUUAUUCGUUAAUAUGAAUAAGUUAACUUUUACUACGUUAAAUGUUAGGGGUUUAAAUAGUUCAAGAAAACGAGGAGCUAUUUUUCGGCAACUGCACGUUAACAAGUACUCAAUAAUUUUCUUGCAAGAGACAUAUAGCUCUACUGACCAAGAAAAAUUAUGGAGUAACGAGUGGGGUAGUAAAGUGUACUUCUGUAAACACAGCAAAGGAGUAGCAAUUCUGUUUAAUCCUCGACUCAAAGUGAUUCCCUAGAAACGCUCUCCCAUAUGCUAGUUAACUGUAUAGUAAUUCAAAAGUUUUGGUUUGAAGUAAUUAGCUGGUGGAAAACUCACAGUGGUGAAUGUUUGCUAUUUGAUGACUUAAGUAUAAUGUAUGGCUAUAAUCCCGAAGAUCCUAAAAGGCAAAUCCUUAACUAUUAUAUCCUUCUUGGCAAGAGACAUAUCUUCCUGCAAAGGAGCGAAAUUACACCCCCAAGCUUUGAUCACUUUCUUGAAUUCGUUAAAGACAAGUUAAUUGUGCAAAGAUCGAUUUUUUAUUCCAAAGGACAAAAAGCAAAAUUUCUUUCACAAUGGAAGCCUCUCCUCUCCUUACUGUAAAUGAUUAUAAUCUAAUCUACGUAUGCGUGAAGCAAGCCUGGUUGCAGUGUAUGUUGUAUUAAUCGUUGGAAUCUUAAUUCUUAAUUGUAAUUUUUUGUAACCUUAAAUUUUGUAGUGAAAGUGUUGUAAGUGAUGUAGUGGUAAUAAAGAUCUCUGUUAAAAAAAAAAAAAAAAAAAGUGAGACGCACUUGUGUACCUUGUCUAGCACUUCCGCACCUCCUUUGCUCAGGAUUCCCUAAAAUGUCAAAACUAAAAACUACGAACGGUUGUGGUUGUGUUGGUAUUUGAACAGGUGAAAGAUCCAGUUAUUCAGUGACUAAGCUGUAUAACCAUUUCUGGAAAAUACAUAUAAUUUGCGUACAGAACUUCCUAAGGCACACUGUUCCAAUAAUUAUAUACAUGAGUAGACAAUCUCGGUAAACAAUCCUAGUUUUAUAAUUUUGUAGUCACGUGCAAUAAAAUAAAUUGAAAACCCAACGAAAUCUACAUUUUCCCCCUAACACCAUUCAUCAUAGUUGAUUUACGCCGUGGAGGUUUUUCAUCACUAUUCAAGAAAUAUCUUUCCAUACGUAAAUAAUCCACUAUUGUGAUUAUAAUCAUAACUAUAGCAAAAUUGUCAAAUCUGACUGGCUGUCAACUGCAUGCCCUGAUUUCAGCCUUAAAGGGACGGUUUAAUAGGACAGUACGCCUCAUGCCUAAGUAACUGGACAGUAAGCGCCAUCACGCGCGCGCUUAAAUGGCUUUUUUUUUCACUGCUAGCAAAACAAAAUUUCGAAUUUCUUGUGUUUUGAUUUAAAAAAUAGCCUAUUAUGUCACAAAUUUUGUUAAAGUUAUGAUUAAUUGGUAACAGAACUUCGUGUCGUCCAAUUCAGUCUGUAAUCAUACUCGUGAUUAAACAAAUCGGACUCCCGCUACGCGGUCGUCCGAUUUUGUUAAUCACUCGUAUGAUUACAGACCGAAUUGGACUCCACUCAGUCCUGUUACCAUUACAAAUAUGUCAAAGGGUAGCUCUAAUUUAGGGACGAACCGCAGGAAUUUUUUUUCGUUAUCAAAUUCCUUGUAUAAUUUUUUUUUAGGCCGUAGCAUGGAUAUUUUUUUAGGGUUAAUUGGCGUGCAUAAAUUUUUUUUCAUUUAAUUUUCCCUUGCGCGAAUAUCUUUUUUUUGUACUUCGCCCCCCCCCCCGAUAAGUUUUCUAGUGGUCCGUCCCUUAGUGCGUAGGCUUUUGUACAUUGUGCUAGCAUUUUUUAGAGCAUUUUAGUGAGGCAAAAGCAUUGAGGAUUAUUCGAGCAUUUUAGUGGCAUUUUCCCCGGAAAAUUAAUUUUUUCCGAGAAAAUAAAGUAGAAAUUAACUUUUUUAGAAGCCCAUGCCCCAUGAGCUCCUGCUUUUUUAAAGAAAAGGAAGACUAAAACUCAAACUUCACAAAAAACCUAAUACAGCUGUUUUUUGUUUGGCUGUAUUUAUGAACUUGUACACGUUGUCGUUGUUACUUGCAGCACGUGCACGUUUUUGUAAGUGUAAACUUUGAAAUUAAUUAAAAAAAGCGUUUGUAUAAUGAACAUUAUCCGAGCAUUUUAGUGACUUUUCUGGGGAGACCGAGCAUUUUAGUUGGAAAAAUGGAGCAUUAAGGUGAAGCAUUUUAGUGGGGAAGCAAAAGCAUAAUGUACAAAAGCGUAUUAGUGCGGCCUAUUUUCAGAACGAAAACGUGGGCGGAGUACCCUGCGAGCAGAGGUUUCUCCAGGCCGGACGCUGGAGAAACCACUGCUCGCAGGGUAUGGGCGGAGCCACUGUCAAUAAUGAAGGAAUAAAAAUGACACAACCUAGUGUAUCUUUAUCAGUUCAGGACAGAACUGUGAUCCAACAAACGUUUUAAGCACCUCACGUCUUACAAGGUACAGUUUGUUUCUUAAUUCUUAGUUGUGUCCUAAACAUAGAUUUGUUUACAAGCGAAAUUUACUGUCAACAGUAAAGGAAUGAAAAGGAAACAACCAAGUAGAUCUUCAUUAGUUCAGUUCCCGGUUUGAGACUGGAGCUGUGAUCCAGUUGAAGUUUACUCUUAAUUCUUAAUUGUGCCUAAGCAUAGAUUUGUCUACAGCCGAAAUUAACUAUCAGUUCAGUAGAAAGUAGUCUAGUUAGUAUCCAUUUUGAAGCUCAUGCCCCCAGUACUUUCUUCUUGUCUUGUGAGAAGAUUUUGUUUGUAAGGAGAUAUUUCCUUUUCUUUUUAACCAGGUUUAACGCUGUUGUCUAAACUACAAGCAAUGGCUGCCAAGUUUUACAUUUGCAUGCUGCUGGUAGUUCUGGUGAGCUCAGCUGUGCACAGUGCACGGCUGCGUCGCCCACAGGACAGAGAGAAGACCUCCAAUUUUCUCUAUGAGAAACGUGGUGCAAGUGAGUCUUUUUUGUCGAAGUAGAACAUGAUACGUUUUUUUUUGCAUCAAAUAGCUUUAAAACUCGGAAAAAUUCUGAGCUCCAGAUGGGAUUCAGAAAAAAAAUUGUGAGUCCCAAGACGGUAACUUUCGAAGCUUUUAAGGCCCAUGUGCUUUAAAGUUCUUCGUUUUAGGCAACGAAUUUGUGAUAUUAUACUACUUUGAGACGCGUAUGAACGGAAGUUUUUGUUUCGUCUUGCAAAUGCCAGGCGUCAGUACUUGGGAUAGGAAUCCAACGCCAGACUGAGAGUAACCGCUACUCGUUCGUUUUACUGAUGUUAAAAAAUUUUAUAUUGCAAUGACUUUUUAUCUCACCUGUUCACAGGGUCACUACCGAUUUGCUGUUAUGGUAACUGUAACAAUUGUCCAGCGAAAGAUCGUUACGCCUGCCUCAACCAGAAUGCUUGCUUAUACGCAGGUGGCUCUAACUGCACCACUGGAUAUGUGUGUUGCUGCAGGUACAGUAAAGUUUAUGUUCUAAAUAUAUUGCAAUAUGAUUCUGAUUUUAUCGCGCAUUUUUCAUAGUCUUAACACCGUGUAAGUGGAUCGUUUUCACUGUCACGCAAUAAAUCCGACAUGAAAAAAAAAAAAUCCCAAACUUUUGAAACAUAAAAGCCAAGUAAACGAAAUGCUAUAAACCACUGAUGCAUAAUAGUCCCAGGUCUAUGUUGCCUAAACGUUUCACGCCAUGAGAAAGUAAACGAUUUCAAUCGCAAGUGAAAAGCCCAAUACAAACAUUAAAUAACACAAUUUAAUGCAGAAGGUGUGUUGCGUAUUUUUAGUCAAGGCCAUGAAAAUGUUUUCAGUUCUGCGUUUGUUUCGCUCAGCUGAAGAAAGUCAUCUCCAGAAAAAGACGCGGGUCAGGGAUAUGAAAAACAUUCAAAAGCCUGUUUGUUUUGAGAUGGAGUACUUCAUUGACUAUAGUUUUGACUUCGCCUCAGCGUAAACAUUAUUCAGAACAACGUGUUUUGCGCUUUUGUUUUUAUUUUUAUGCGUGACAUUUCUUGAGAGAUCCCUUCAGUAAUUUGGCAAUUAGCACCUGCAUUGUAGCCAGUACAGCUAUAAAAACUUUACUAAUCUAAGAUUUUCUUUUCUUAGUGACUGAUGAGUGAUCCCGCCAUUGAUGAAUUUCACAUGCACUGUAACCUUAGAACAGGACAACUGUGAUGGACUUGAGCUGUUAAAAUAAAUGCUUAACUAAUCGGGCGAAUUAUGCCCUAUUCGUAAUUCUUUGUUAGCUUUUUUGUAGUUGAUUAACGAACACAAAAGUGCAUAUAAUAAAUUGUUGAAGGUCUUCGUGGCCUAUCAAAUGUUCCUCUGGUUGUUUUAAUUUACCCUUAACUGAAUUAAGGUAUAAAGUGCCUAUAUAAACUCCGAGGGCAGUCUUUGCAAGCUAACUAGGGUUCCACAAUACUCAUUUUCAUCUUGUUGUGAUGCUUUCAGUAUUCUCUGUGGUGUGAUGUGGACAAUAACCAAAUUACGAAACGUAGAAUUCAUUCGGUGUGCAUAUAACGGUCAUUCGGCAGUCUGUAAAAUUCCCGUGCUGUCCUUAUUCCUUUCUUUGUUAAAGGACAGCAGCGACCAGGUUGUCACCCCACUCUCCCUCCCUGCAGUGAUAGCUCACUUUUGCAUCUAUUAGCUCCCACUCCUAUUCCGCCUCCAGGUUUGCCUCUUCCCAUAACUUAUCUUAGCCUGGGAUGUUUGGGAGUGGGGACUCCCAUUGUGAAUUUAAAUUUAUAACUAUUGAGCAUUUUGAACAGGGUGUCUUUUUGCAACGGAAUCCUUAAAAAGAGUGCGUGGGUUGGCAAUGAUGUGUUUUACCAUCAAUUAGUUAUGAUGUUAGCUUGAAAAAUUAGUUAAUUCUGUGUGCAAAGUGAAACGAAUCAGGGUCAUAAAACUGAACGAUUUUUGCACUAAAGCAUACCUCUACCCAAACUUACCUUCCCCCCCCCCGGAUUAGAAGUGCUAGACCUGUUAGUUGCACCCAUCAAAUGAUGGGUAUGGUAAGAAGCUUGGUGUGAGAAAAGAAAAAGAAAACCAAGGAGCAAAGCUCAUAUUCCAUAGCUUUAAGGAGUGGUGUUGAAAAAACAAAGCUGGAUUUAAUUCAGUCUGAACUCCUGCGUCAAUCUUAAAGAGGAAUACUGAUGUGCGUCGCUACUAGUCUAAGAAAGUCGAAGGAUCAUGAAAACCGCUAUGCUAUGCACUUGGACCAAAGGGAGUCAAGAGUCAUAUAAAUAGGCUGAUUUCUUGAGGCGGGAAUAUAAUAGACCUUGUUACGGUUUUCGACACCAUCUUGACGAGGAGGCAAACGGGUGAGCAAUUACAGGGUUUGUAUGAGAAUCUAAUGUCGAAUAAUUUCCGCCAGAACGGCUAUUCUAAAAAAAAACAUGAAUUGUAAACAAAAGCUUCACUUCUAAGGAACCUGCUGAAAAAAAUUGAGGGCGUUUCAUGCGCUAGAAGACCUAGAACCACUUUUUGAAAUUUUCUAUACAUGUGUCUGUAAGAAUUAAGUCCCGGGAAAAAUUACCCGGAAAAUCGAAAGCAAGCCUCUGGAGAAAUUUAAGCACAGAUACGCUCCCAAAUUUCUUUUAGUACCUUCCUUUGCUUUGUAGCUUUAUUGCAAUUUAUAUUUUUUUCAGAAAAGCCGUUUAAUUUUGCGGAAAUUAUUCGACAUUUGAUCCUCCUACAAACACUGUAAUUUAAUUCUCACAUGUUUGCCUACCGUCAAGAUGGCGUCGAAAACCGUGACAAGAUCUAUACACAGGCAAGACGCUUCUUUUGAAGGAAAUUUAUAGAUCUUUCCUGUGAAUUAUUGCGGUCCAGUGUCAUUUUUCUACUAGGCUUCCACGAAUUUUGCCGGUUCAGUAUUUCCUUUGUGUGAUGUAGACAAGUACCGAAUUCCCAAAUCAUUAAUAAAGUUCGCGUCUACCUUACCCUUGGAUCAUGCUAUGUGACCAAACGAGCUUUACUAUGUCUCCUUGACGAUUCUUAAUCCGUUUUUACUACAUGGAGUCCACUAAUUCUCACCAAAAUGGAGUAAAUUUUAGCCGAAUAAUGGUAAACUACGUUGUUAACUAAAGUCUACAGCCUCUAACUUUUUACAUUUGACUAAAUUCCUCGUCCUGUGGUCUACAAUACUUGACAGAAAUAAAAUUGUGCGAGUUUGCUCCAUUUAUUUAUUUAUUUAUUUAUUUAUUUAUUCUGUAUUUGAAAUAAAAAACAUCUAUUCCCUACUUUGGUCAUAAUCAGUGUUCCAGGCGUCGUUCAGAUAGUGUUCUCACUAUCUGAAGGACGCCUGGAAUUACAAAAGAAAGUUUCCGAUCUUGAAAAGAAGCCAAAACAAACCUCAAACAAUCAAUGAUUUGCAACUUAUUUCUCACCUAAUUGCUUAUAAUAUAGCUUGUUUUUAGUUUUAUGGUUUCACGAUUGAUCAAACAAACAUAAAGUGAACCGGACUUGUGUAGCUUGUCUAGCACUUUCGCACCUCAGGGUUUCAUUAAAGAAGUUCUUUGGACCAUCCAGUCAAUCAAAGGCAACCUCAAAACAUCAUAUAAAUAUGAAUGUGAAGUAAUGCUUAGGAAAAAUCUCGGUUUUAACGUGAUAUCUGAUAUAAGCAUAAUACCGCGGCAAAUGAGGCUUUGUGAACAGUGAACUGUCCACUAAAAUGGCAACACUAUAAAGUAAAAUUCAAAAUGAAAAUACCUGCCGUCAUCCACUUCCUAUGCUUAGUAGCAUAACCUUGUACCAAUUGUUCUUAUUUGGUACUGAAUGAUGUUAACGACGCUAAAACAAGUUUUCUUGACUUUUAGAAAACAAACCUAAGUUGUUAUGCUAUAACCUAUAAAAUGGCGUUUCCUAUAACUUCGACUUUACGCCGCAACGUUUUACUAACUGGCUAUGUUCUGGUAGAACUGAACUGAUUUUGUAAUUUAAAUACAAUAUUUAUUCUUGAUGUCCAACAUGUGCGUUUUUGGACGUAACUUCAGGGUUUUAUUUUGGUGGAACUGUUGUUUGCUAAAAAAAAUCCAAUAUUUUUCAUGUCUUGAGGCACUUGUCGACUGACUUACUAUGCUUUCGAGAAUAUGCUUUUCCUCGCUGGUUAUAUAUUUGACGCAAUUUUAAAAUUAAUAGCUACUUUAAAUUUGCGGCUGAGACAGACAAAGGUUCUCUCAGUAUAAUUGGUCUGUGCUACCUGCAAUCAUCAGUUUCCGGUGUACAAGCAUAAGCUUGGUACCCAUUGUGUUUUACGCAUCAGUAGGUGUAAAUUUGUCAUAAAGCUUUGAUCCGGCUACUGUCGUGCAUUUCUUAUGAUAAAACAUAAGCUGAUGAGACAGGCAGUUUUGUUUUUUCUGAAUAGGCACUGUCAUUGGAAAAAUACUGAAUACACUUAUAACUAGUAGCCAAACCCGGUCAUUGAUUAGGUAUCACAAGGAGAUGCCAAUUCAAGUAUUCCUAUUCAUCAUAGUUGGUUUACGCCCUAGAGGUUUUUCAUCACUAUUCAAGCAAUAUCUAUUGUGAUUGAAAUAUGUCAAAGGGCAGCUCUAAUUUAGAGCGGGCUAUUUUCAGAACGAAAACGUGGGCGGAGCCACUGUCAAUAAUGAAGGAAUAAAAACGACACAACCGAGUGUAUCUUUAUCAGUUCAGGACAGAGUUGUGAUCCAACAAACGUUUUAAGCACGUUACGUCUUGCAAGGUACAGUUUGUUUCUUAAUUCUUAGUUGUGUCCUAAACAUAGAUUUGUUUACAAGCAAAAUUUAUGUCAACAGUGAAGAAAUGAAAGGGAAACAACCAAGUAGAUCUUCAUUAGUUCAGUUCCCGGUGUGAGACUGGAGCUGUGAUCCAGAUGAAGUUUACUCUUAAUUCUUAAUUGUACCCUAAGCGUAGAUUUGUUUACAACCGAAAUUAACUAUCAGUUUAGUAGAAAGUAGUCUAGUUAGUAUCCAUUUUGAAGCUCAUGCCCCCAGUACUUUGUUCUUCUCUUGUGACAAGAUUUUGUUUGUAAGCCGCGAUAUUUCCUUUCUUUUAACCAGGCUAAACUACAAGCAAUGGCUGCCAAGUUUUACAUUUGCAUGCUGCUGGUAGUUCUGGUGAGCUCAGCUGUGCACAGUGCACGGCUGCGUCGCCCACAGGAAAAAGAGAAGACCUACAACUUUCUCUAUAAGAGAAUGUUUGAUGGACCAACUGAUGACCCAUGUGAGUCUUUUUUGUAGAAGUAGAACAUGAUACGUUUUUUGCAUCAAAUGGAAACUCGGAAAAACUUCUGAGCCCCAGAGAAAAAAAAUUGUGAGCCCUAAGACGAUAACUUUGGAAGCUUUUAAGGCGCACGCGCUUAAACGUUAUUUGUUAUAGACAACGAAUUUGUGAUAUUAGACUACUUUGAGACGCGCAUGAACGGAAGUUUUUGUUUCGUCUUGCAAAUGCCAGGCGUCAGUACUUGGGAUAGGAAUCCAACGACGGACUGGGAGUAACCGCUACUCGUUCGUUUUACUGAGAUUAAAAAAUUUUGUAUUGUAAUGACUUUUUAUCUCACCUGUUCACAGCUUUUCAACCGAUGUGCUGUGUUGGUGGAUGUAACAAUUGUCCAGGUUAUGGGUCCUGCCCCACGGAACUUUGCCACCACUCAUUAGGGCAUUUGUGCCAGUCUGGAUCUGAAUGUUGCUGUCGCUACAUGGAAGAAGUGUAUGUUCUAAAUAUGUUACAAUAUGAUUCUGAUUCUAUCGUUUAUUUUUUCAUAGUCUUAACACCUUGUGCGUGGAUCGUUUUCACUGUCACGCAAUAAAUCCGAGACAUGAAAAAAUAAAUCCCAAACUUUUGAAACAUAAAAGCCAAGUAAAUGAAAUACUAUAAACGACUGAUGCAUAAACAACUUUUUCAAGUCCCAGGUCUAUGUUGCCUAAACGUUUCACGCCAUGAGAAAGUAAACGAUUUCAAUCGCAAGUGAAAAGCCCAAUACAAACAUAGAAUAACACAAUUUAAUGCAGAAGGUGUGUUGAGUAUUUUUAGUCAAGGCCAUGAAGAUGUUCUCAGUUCUGCGUCUGUAUCGCUCAGCUGAAGAAAGUCUACUCCAGAAAAAGACGCGCGUCAGGGAUAUGAAAGACAUU